AUGGAAUUUUUCCAUUUAAGCAAGGAAAAGAAUUAUGAUCAGGAAGAAGCUUAUAGGAGUUCUUCUUGUUUCUUCUCUCAUUUUUCUAGUCACUCUUCGAUAUUCAACUCAACCAACAGAUUAAGUGAAUAUGAAGCACUUCACAAACGGUGUGGGCCACAUACAGAGGCCUAUAAGCGAAAGGUUAGAAAACUAGAAUCUGGUCAUUUCACAGAUGACCAUUUUUCAGAUUGUAAAUAUCUUGUUCGGAUACCUCUAGAUGGGUUAGGAAACAGAAUGUUGAGCCUAGUCUCGACUUUUUUGUAUGCUCUUCUCACGAAUAGGGUCCUUUUAGUUCACGAUAAGAGAAUCCGGAUGUCUGAUCUUUUUUGUGAGCCGUUUCCUGAAACAACGUGGUUACUUCCACGGAAAUUUCCUAUUUGGAAACGGCUCGACACCUUGAACCAGAAUUCCCCUGAAAGUUAUGGAAACCUUUUGGAUUUUUCAGGAAAAUUUUCAUCGUUAGCUUUUCUGUAUCUUCAUAUUGCCGGUGGCUAUAAUGAUAACGAUCAACGUUUCUUUUGUGACCAUGAUCAAAAUGCUUUUCAAAACGUUUCUUCAUUAAUUAUGAAAUCGAAUUUUUAUUUUAUCCCUUCUCUGUUCUUGAUUCCUUCGAAAGAGCUACUGAUACAGGCCCAGACCCAAUUAUUGAAGAUCAGACCCUUUUGUACUUAG